AUGGCAUUCCCGUCGGUUAACGAUUUGACUGCUAGACUUGAAAACUUAGAACAGAAUAUUACUUUGACACUACAGGAAAUUGAUAACAAUUUUUCUAUAUGUCAACAUAAAGUAUCUACCAGAAUACUACCACAAAUAUCACGUUUUGCAGAAGUUUCAGAGGAUAUUUGGGAAAAUUCAAAGUUAUGGUGGUCCUUCUUUGAAUCUUUAGAUUUAUCUUCUUCAAAUGAUAACUCUUCACCACCUUCGAUGGAUUAUAUCAAUUCCAAAAAGAAAAUUUUCGAUAAUUUAUCAAAUUCAAAAGAAAAUAAUACGGUGAUUUCCGAUAUUUCAUCAAAUUCAAAAGAAAAUAAUACGAUGAGCAAUAGUAAGAAUAGUAAGAAUAGUAAGAGCGCUGAUUCCAAAAAGGAAAUUUCCGAUAGUUCAUCAAAUUCAAAAGAAAAUAAUAUGGAGAGCAAUAGUAAGAAUAGUAAGAGCACUGAUUCGAGUAUCUACCCACCUUCUGCAAAAUAUCUUUCCAUUUCAUCGACACCAUUACAAGAACCACCAAAGUUGGAGCAUAAAUUAUUGCAAUCACCACCUUGGGGAGAAAAAAUUCCAAAAAAGAAAGGGUCAGGAGAUCAUUCUCAUGCUACUACGUCUACUUACAUAUCUAUGCCAGCUUUAGAUCGUAAACCCAAUACAUUGAUAGAACGAGUGAUGCAAAGGCAACAAAUGUUGGCCAGACAAACGCCUCUAAAACCUAUUAUAGAAAAGAAUCCAUAUAAAGGAACAAAUUCUCGUCCAAGCACCUAUUUCCCCGGUGGGCCACCAUCGUCUCGUGGAACAGAUAGUGAUUUUGCGGAAUUUUCACCACCAGUCACAAUUCAAUUUUCAGUUGCACCAUCAAAAUUGAUGAAAACACCUGCAAAAGAAGCGGCAAAAAUUAUCGUUGAUGAUCUUAUAAGCAUUCUAAGUCCAGUUCCACCAACUCCACCAAUUAGUGUGGGAACGGAAGAACAACAAGAUUAUGAAAAUGAAGAUGAUGGAUUGGGAGAAGAUGAUACAUUCUUUAAUU